CCGGGAGGCGGAGUCCGUCGGGGAAACGAAACAAGAGUGAAUGGGCCUGGUCUGGUCACUCUGACAGUGAGCUGCGGCGGCGGCGGCGGGGUCGGGGGACCCGGAUCGCAGAGCCAGCACCCGAAGCGCAGUUCGGAUCCUAAGCCGGAGCGCGGGCCACUGUCCAGAUCCAGGAACGCGGUUACUGGAAGGAAAAAUGGCCAGCGAUACACCAGGUUUCUUCAUAGACAAACUUAAUAAAUACCGUCAGAAGCAUGGAGUAACAAUUACGUAUAAAGAACUUGAUACUACAGGACCUCCACAUGACAGGAGGUUUACAUUUCAAGUUAUAAUAGACGAGAAAGAAUUUCCAAAAGCCGAAGGCAAAUCCAAGCAGGAAGCAAAAAAUGCCGCCGCCCGAUUAGCUGUUAAUAUACUUAAUGACGAAAAUAAGGUGGAUAGUCAGACAGACGCUUCUGAAGGGUCGUUCGUUGGGAACUACAUAGGCCUUGUCAAUAGUAUUGCCCAGAAGAGAAACCUGCCUAUAAAUUAUGAACACACUGUCUCCGCCGAUGCGCAUUCACCCCAAAAAUUUAAUUGUAAAUGCAAACUUGAGGAGACAACAUACGGUGUCGGCUCAGGCGCUACCAAACAGGAGGCAAAGCAGGCGGCUGCUAAAGAGGCGUAUCAGAAGCUGUCAGAGAAAACCUCAAUGAGCGGUAACAGAGCAUCAUCUGGUUUUACCACAUCUUCAUCCAGUGGCCUCUCCAGCAGCUCGUCUCUAGCAAGCAAUUCAAACCCGGAAUCUAAUGAUGUGGGAGAAAAUAAGCACACGGUAGACAGCAGGCUUAACAAGGACUAUGAAGACAUACAAGUAAUUGGCUCAGGUGGAUUUGGCCAGGUCUUCAAAGCAAAACACAGAAUUGACGGAAAGACUUAUGCUAUUAAGCGAGUUACAUACAACACAAGUAAGGCACUGCGUGAAGUAAAAGCUCUGGCAGCACUCAACCAUGUCAAUAUUGUUCAAUACCAUAAUUCUUGGCUGGGAGAGGACUAUGAUUUCGAGGAGAGCUUGGAUAACGACUAUGAUUUCGAGCAGAGCGUGAGUCGACCAAAGACCCAGUGCCUUUUCAUCCAAAUGGAAUUCUGUGAUAAAGGAACUCUGGAGCAAUGGCUGGAAAAUGGAAUGCUGAAUAACACAGACAAAGAUUUGCUUUUGGAAUUAUUUGAACAAAUCACGACAGGGGUAGAUUAUAUACAUUCGAAAGGUUUAAUUCAUAGAGAUCUUAAGCCAAGUAAUAUAUUUUUAGUAGACGAAAGACACAUAAAGAUCGGAGACUUUGGCCUCGCAACAGCCCUGGAAAGUGAUGGAGCUCGAACAAAGGAUACAGGGACUUGUCUAUACAUGAGUCCAGAACAGAUGUCUUUACCGGAAUAUGGAAAAGAAGUGGACAUCUUUGCUUUAGGACUUAUUCUAGCUGAACUUUUUCACAUUUGCUACACUUUUUUUGAGAAAACAAAGUUUUUCGAAAAGCUAAGAGAGGGCAUCUUCCCUGAUACAUUUAACCACAAAGAAAAAAGCCUUCUAAGGAAAUUACUCUCGAAGGAACCCAGGGAACGACCUAAUGCAUCUGAAAUUCUGAAGACCUUGGCUGAAUGGAAGAACAGCUCGGAGAAAAAGAAAAGACACACGCAUUAGGACCUUCCUGAAAAAGUGCUCCGCUUCUGAUAUGUGGUUUUCCUUUAGCUACCUAAUAUCUGAGAAGGAGCAUUGUGGAUGUUGUACUUUUCUUUCCUUAAGUUUUUAGGAAGCUUAAAGAAAAAUUUCUUGUACAUAGGUUUUCUCUCUCUCUCUUUCUCCCUUCUUUUCUUUUCAUUUUUGUUGCUGGUACUUCAAAAACAUUUUUAAAAAAUUCUUUGACAAUUCCAAACACGUGUUGCAUUGCAUUCUCAUCACAUUCCCGCCUUCCUCAAGCACUUCUGCCAACAACAUGUCUGCUGCUGUAUAUGCGAACCACGUGAACUGUAGACUCUGAAUACGGGAGUCCAAAUAAAUCUCUGUGUCCUUAAGUUGCUUCUCUCAGGUAGUUAGUCACUGUGAUGAGAACGGUGAUGAAAUGGUACCGGAAACAGGGUUUUGCGGCCGUACACCUGCCAUGCGGUUCUCAGGCUUUCAGAACUGCUUGGUGGGAGGUAUGUGGAAGAGUUUGGAGCUGCAGGCUAAGGACGUCCUAGAAUGCUGUAAGUGAAACUUAAUGCGGGAACUCUAGGUUUCCGAGAAAAGGAACCCGUUGGGAAAGUAGACUAGAUAGAGGACAUUUGUGUUAAAACUCGAAAUCAAUCAUUUGUUUGGUGGAGGAAAUCUCAAGACAUUCAGGCUGGGGCACGGUGGCCGUUUCCUGCUUGUAGCCAGGGCUAUAGGGUGAACGAGGAAAGAAAGCGGAGUGGUAGAUGUGAAACACCAUGGAGAUUUGGAAAACGAGUGCCUUCAAAGACAAGGAGGGUCCAACGUGGCGGCAAUAAGUGUUAAAGAGGAACCGUGUACUUUUACACUGUUGGUAUUAUAGGAACAGGACUGCACUCAUGGAAGGCUACGGAGUGUGAAAAUGAAAAACCCUCUGAAGGCCUCUCAUUCAAAAGUUCCAGCAGGAAUACCCAGAGGAGCAGUCCGCCUGUCUGUCUUUGUGCGGGAACUCGGAGAAUGCUACAGCCACAGCCCGAGGGGCUCAUUUACAUUACAAGGUGAUGGCAGGGCUUGGCACGUCCAUAUGAUGCUUUUCAGGAAAACGUGAGGGCCAUAGGGUCAGAGAUGCUCGUCCCAUGGUUCCAGCACAAGCCUGUGAGGACAAUAUGGAAUUGGGUGGUCAGACUCCUUGAAGAAAAGCUGAGAGGCUGUUGCGUGAGGCGAUGAAGGUGAAACCUACAUUGUAACGGAGAGCGGGGGAUGUUGGAGAUGACCAGACUGCAGUGGUCACUGACAGGAGCCAGCCCAAGAGAAAGCCCAUGAAUGGUUCAGGCAGCCCGACUGUAGGAAGCUAACUGGAGCCCAGAUGAUGCCACUGUGUAUUCCAGAUACUGGACACUGAGAUGCAGCCUUUGUUUGCCUUGCUUGGAUUUAGUCUUGCAUUGGUCCAGUCUUUCCUUGCUGUUCUUCCAGACUUACUUGAUAGAAUGGGGAUGUUCAUUUUGCGUCUUUGUAUGCUGUAAUAUUUAUUUUGUAGGGACUCACACUACAGAGUUUCCCUUGCGUCUCAAAGCACUCUGGACUUUUGAAUGGUGUUGACUAUUAAAACUGAGGAUUUUCGAGGUGGGA